AGGUAUAACAGGGCUCCGUUAGGAAAAACUGUUCAAGAGAGAGGUCUCAAACAUAAAGCCAUUAACAUGAACUUAAAGUCAAGAAAUUUAGGAUGAUAAAUCUGCUUAUAGGCUCGAAAAAACAGCCAGCACCUCAAGGUUAUGUGAAACAGGAAAUACCAGACAUCGCACCGCUGGUUUAGGCCGGCCGGUGGGGGGGGGGGGGUCCCCUCCCCCAAAAGUCCUGCCCUCCAUUCCAGGCUCUGGUCUACUUCUGACUUGUUUGUUCCUUGCCUGGGGUUGGUGGCAGGAGAAGGGAGAAGGCUUCCCAGACAAUGGGUUCAGUUCCCAGCCCUGAGGCCCCAGGUCCUACGCGCUUUGAAAUUGACUGGGGGGAGGUGAUCAGGGCCUAAGCCCUGUUAACUGCCUCCCUGCCUCCGCCAUCCUUAAGACAGCUUGGAAGGGAGAAGCUGGGCAGCAUGGAGUCGGUUUAUAUCAUCGACCCUGAAGAUGUGGCCCUUCUCUUUAAGUUCGAGGGUCCCACUCCAGAACGAUUUUCCAUCCCACCGUGGGUGGCCUAUCACCAGCAUUGCCAGAGACCCCUCGGCGUCCUGUUGAAGAAGUCAGGAGCUUGGAAGAAAGACCGACUGGCCCUGAACCAGGAGGUGAUGUCUCCAGAGGCCACAAAGAACUUCAUUCCCCUGCUGGACCCAGUGUCUCAGGACUUUUUGAAAGUCCUGCACAGGCGCAUCAAGCUGCAGGGCUCCGGAAAGUUCUCAGGGGACAUCAGUGACGACCUGUUUCGCUUUGCCUUUGAGUCCAUCACCAACGUCAUGUUCGGGGAGCGCCUGGGGAUGCUGGAGGAGGUGGUGGACCCUGACGCCCAGCGGUUCAUCAACGCUGUCUACCAGAUGUUCCACACCAGUGUCCCCAUGCUCAGCUUCCCCCCAGACCUGUUCCGUCUAUUCAAGACCAAGACCUGGAGGGACCAUGUGGCUGCGUGGGAUGUGAUUUUCAAUAAAGCGGAGGCAUACACCCAGAACUUCUACUGGGACCUGAGGCACAAGAGAGAUUUCAACAAUUACCCCUGCAUCCUCCAACGCCUCCUAAGAAGUCACAAGCUGCUCUUUGAGGAUGUCAAGGCCAACAUAACAGAGAUGUUGGCAGGGGGUGUGGACACGACGUCCAUGACAUUGCAGUGGCACUUGUACGAGAUGGCACGCAGCCUGAAGGUGCAGGAGAUGCUGCGGGAGGAGGUCCGGGCUGCCCGGCGCCAGGCCCAGGGAGACAUCAGCAUGAUGUUGCAGCACGUCCCGCUCCUCAAAGCCAGCAUCAAGGAGACACUGAGACUCCACCCCAUCUCCGUGACCCUGCAGAGAUACCUUGAAAAUGACUUGGUUCUUCGAAAUUACAUGAUUCCUGCCAAGACGUUGGUGCAGGUGUCCACCUAUGCCUUGGGCCAAGACCCCACCUUCUUCCUCAAUCCGGGCAAGUUUGACCCAACCCGAUGGCUGAGUAACGACAAGGAACUCAUCCACUUCCGGAACCUGGGCUUUGGCUGGGGUGUGCGGCAGUGUGUGGGCCGGCGGAUCGCUGAGCUCGAGAUGACCCUCUUCCUCAUCCAUAUUCUGGAGAACUUCAGAGUUGAAAUGCAACAUCUCAGUGAUGUGGGCACCACAUUCAACCUCAUCCUGAUGCCCGACAAGCCCAUCCUCCUCACCUUCAAGCCCUACAGCCAGGACCCACCCCAGGUGUGAUUAGAGAGGGUGGACGCUGCCUCUCCCACCUCUCAGGCCAGCAGGGGUGCUGGAGGAAGGUCGGGGUGGGGCCCAUGGCGGUUCUGCUCUUCAGUCCUCAGCCCCCCUCCCCUGCUCCUUUUGGGCCAGCUCUGGGAGGAGAAAGUUGGCCAGGGCACCCCUCUUUCACGCCACCUCUUCCCCUUCUUUUCCUGACCCAUGAAGGCAAUAAAUGGCCGAACCGUG